AUGGAGAAAGAGCUUGAGUUUAUUCCCGAGAGGAAUGUUGUUAUUUGGGGUGCCAUGAUGAAAGUGCACUUGAAAUUUUCAAACGAAUUUAAAGUUUUUGAGUUGUUUUCCGAAAUGAGAAGUUCCGGUUUUGAAUUGGAUCCAUUUACGUUCGAGAAUUUGAUUCGGGCGUGUGGGAAUGUUUCUGCUGGUAAAGAAGGGAGAGCAUGUCAUGGGUUUUGUGUAAAGCGAAAUUUCAUUGAUUAUAGCAUGCGUUUGAAGGCAUCACUUGUGGAUAUGUAUAUCAAGUGUGGUUUAGCUGUAAAAUUGUUUAUCGAAAUACCUGAAAAGGAUGUAGUUUUGUGGACUGUGAUGGUUGCUGGGUGUGCAAAAAAUGGUAAGAGUUUGGAAAGCAUUUGGCUUGUUCAGCAGAUAUUUGAAGAUUUUGCAACUCCAAAUUCAGUCAAAUUAUUUGGCAUUCUUUUUGCUUUGAUUGACGCUUAUAGCACAAAGUUGGGGCUGGAGAGAAACGUCAUUUCCUGGUGA